GCCAGUUUUUGUGGUUUGUUUACUAAUUAAUUGCGAAUUUAAAACUUGAUUCUAUAAAAUGAACCUCGAGCUCUGGGAAAAACAAUUUGCCCUCUGUGAAGCCGUAUUUCAAUCAAGUGGAACAACAAGUAGCCGAAAACAAGCUGCGUGGCGUGCACAAGCCAUAUUGCUAUGCCAACAAACCAGGUUGUGUGACGACUCCACCCACUACGCUGUGCUGAAAGAACAUCAUGAUAAAUUGCACAAUGACGACAGUUAUGAGAAAGCAAUGACAAAGCGCUUAAAUCGAUGCCAGCGGAUUAUAAAAAACAGUCACAAAACGAAUUCACAAAGCUCCUGUUCGGAUGACAUGUUUAACUUACCGCAGGAUAUUACCUUUGAGCCGUCCUGCAGGACCACCUAUGAGAGCUGCCAAAAAUCUGAAGUCACACUAAAGGAUUUACAGACUCUUUUAUUAGCAAAAAGAGAAGAAAAACGCAGUCCAGUUUUGCGUGAACCGAUUUCAAAGAGUACUUUGAAUGACCAGCCAAGUGUACCAGAGGCUUCCUCCCAGAAUGAUUUUGGCUUUCGCACUGCACGGGAGCAAUUGGUCCUGGACGACCUAAAGAAAAACAAGCAACCGACAACCAGUGAGAGGAAUGCACGACCAGCCGACAUGAUGAACUUCAGGAAAAAAGUGCUGGGUGGAAAACGCACAGUUAGCUCGAACUUUGUAUCGCCUUUGGCGCAAAAUGGAAACUCAACUAGCUCAAACUCAAACUUACCACCCGCCCUGGCCCAUUUGGAUCCCAAGAUGGUGGAGCAAAUUCUUGGCGAGAGCACGCACGAUUUCAAACCAGUCGCCUGGGAAGAUAUUGCCGGUCUGGAAUCUGCCAAGUCCACAUUCCUGGAGGCCAUAAUAAUGCCGCUUCGACGUCCCGAUUUGUUCACUGGGGUGCGGUGCCCACCCCGAGGCGUUCUUCUCUUCGGACCACCAGGCACUGGCAAAACCCUCAUUGCUAAGAGCAUUGCGUCCCAAGCAAAUGCCAAGUUUUUCAGCAUCAACCCAUCCACUCUCACCUCCAAGUGGGUUGGCGAGGCGGAGAAGUUGGUGAAGACCUUGUUCGCUGUGGCCGCUGCCCACCAGCCAGCCAUAAUCUUCAUAGACGAAGUGGACUCCCUCUUGUCAAAGCGUUCUGGUAACGAGAACGAGAGCACUUUGCGCCUGAAGAACGAGUUUCUCAUCCACUUGGAUGGCGCAGCCAGCAAUGAAGAAAUUCGAGUGCUGGUAAUUGGCGCCACCAACCGCCCGCAGGAAUUAGACGAGGCUGUGCGGCGGCGGUUUGUGCGCCGCCUCUACGUUCCGCUGCCCACAAAAGAGGCGCGCCAGAAAAUCAUCGAGAAAAUUACACGGCAGGUGAGGCACAGCCUCGACUCCCGGGAAAUUAACCAACUGGCAGAGCUCACAGACGGGUACUCGGGGGCUGAUGUGGACACGUUGUGCCGCUAUGCAUCAAUGGCUCCUCUUCGCUCGUUGACACCCGAUCAGAUGGCGACCAUUGAACCGCAUCAGUUGCCCGCUGUUACCGUGGAUGACUUCAAGCAGGCUUUAAGGGUAAUAUCCAAAAGUGUUUCAGCGGAGGACUGCAAACAGUUUGAGGCCUGGAAUGAGAUUUAUGGCGUACGACAUUGAGAACACCGAAAAGUGUUUGUUUCUUGGAGUUUAUUAAUACUUGGAAAUAACGCAUGACUAACAAUAAAAUCUGAAAUACAAUAA